AUGAGGUUCCAGAGUGGCUUCGGAACCCCGGACACUGCGAGGCCGGUUUGGGAGGCCAUCAGAGAGGAGCCCCAGCUGCUGCAGAGCUGCUCCAUCUGCCUGGAGCCGCUCUGGGAUGCCGAGCCCAGCGUGUUCGUGGUGAACCUGCGCCGGCUUUGCCCCCACUACUUCUGCAGCAGAUGUGCCAAGAGGAUCGUGGUGGAGCAAACCACCAUGGGCCUGCAGAACUUCAAGGAGGACCAGCGAGUUGGCUCCGUGGAUGGUCUGGCGUCCGUGCUGGACGCAGAGGGCAACCGUUUGGGCGACCUCGUGUGGGGCGAGAGCGGGCAGCGGCUCAGCGACGGGGAGCUCUUCCUAGUCCUGACUCAGCUGGAGCGGCUCGUCGAGCUGGAGGUGGGCAUGGAGCUCCGCGGCAAGGACUCGGACGCCUUGGUGCUCCGCCAAGGCGCGCUCUUCGGCUGCCUCCUCCAUGCACAGCGCUCGCUUCGCCGCUACACCGCGCAGGAGCUGGACGCUGAGGGCUUGGACGGCGCGAUGCUGGUGGAAGGCAACCUGGAGCCUUUGCGGCGAAGGUGUGUCGUCUACCGUGGGGGCGACGUGGUGUGCUGGCACUGUCCUCGCUGCUCCCUGGAGAAUUCAUCUAGCGACUUCCGGUGCAAGCUCUGCGGCGCUCCGCCCAGCUGCCCGCGGGAGCUGCCGGCACCGAGACCUUUGGGUGUCCACGGAGUGGCGGCGCUGAGGACCCGCUUUGCACUGCGGCCGCAGCUGCAUUGGGCCAUGCCGCUGCAAUGUCCUUUGUGCCGUCUAGGCGGCACUGCCUUCGUGGCGCACAUGCCGAAGCUGCGUGAGGCGCCGGCGGAGUGGUUCAGCAUGGUGUCCAAGGGCCAGGACCAGAUCAGCCUGUCCGAGCUCGCCGCGGGGCUGGCGGUGGUUCUGCCCCUUAGCCCGGAACGCCUCCAGCAGGAGCUGCAGCGGUUCCCGGCGCCCAUGAACUAUGCAGCCUUUGUGGCCGAGGGCGGACCUGCGCACUGGGCCGCCGGGCAGUUGGCCGCUCUGACUGCCACCGGGAGGGAGCCCGGCAUCUGCGACGCCGGGCCAGAGGAGGAGGCCCUAGCAGCUUCUGCCUGGGAGGCCUUUCGGGAGCAGUACACCGGUGCGGCGGAGCGCGGUAUGUACAUGGACACGCCCGUGGCGGAGAACGACGUCAAGUACAGGUGGAGGCGCCUGCGCGACACCUUCGGCGUGUCCUCGCAAGAGGCGCUGGGCAUCAUAGAGACGGACGCCCUGCCGCUUGUCAUCGACGCGGACUACGUGGAGGUACUGCUGGCUGCAGUGGCGCUUCAGGCGCUGCUCUCCCUGCGAAGAGGGAAUGAGGUUUGGCGGAGCAACUGCGCCGCAGAGCUCUCUCUGGCAGGGUCGCUGCUUCAGCUGCAGCCGGCCAGCGAGGAGCCGCUGCUGCCGUCUGCAAUGGCAGCCUUGGAGGAGCGCAAGCGCCUGGUGGAAGGCCAAAUCGCCGAGUACGACGAGAUGCAUUGGCUCCAGCGGGCCUUGUACGAUACCGGCUCCUUCCAGGCGCAUGCCGACUGGCUGAAGGCUUGGAGACAAGAAUGGGCGGAGAAGUUAAAGGCCAAAGCCGUCAAAUCCGUCAAGGCCGUCAAGAGAGGCGCCCCCGAGGGCAUCGAAGCCCCUAGCCUGAACUUGCCGGCGGUGGAGCGGGCCAAGGAGGUGCUGGAUCGAGGGGGCAACGACUGGAAGGAGGCGGGCAUGGACGCGGUGGUGGAGGAGGUCUUGCACCUCAUGGAGGCCGAGGCCGACAACGCCUUUGUGCAGGAGCGCGGCUGCGAGUCCUUGCGGUACAUGGCAGUGGACGAGGAGAGCCGACUGGCCGUGGGCCAGGGCAUCUCCACCGUGCUGAAGUCCAUGGAACUCAACGAGAAUUCCUCAGAGGUCCAGGGCUACUGCUGCGGCACUCUGGUGCAUCUUGCUGCGACGCCCUCAACGCGACACAGCAUCAUCGAGCAGAAUGGCGUGGAGGUGAUCCUCCGGGCCAUGAGCCUCCACCCGGGCAGCGCCUUUGUGCACUUCAAGGCCUGCGCAGCUUUAGCCAACUUGGCGGCCACGGGGUUCGAGCAACGGCAGCUGGGGGCCAAGGGCAGCUCCGCGGCGCUGGUGCGGAGCCUCCGCGACCACCUGCAUGACCUCUCUGUGCUGCAAUACUGCCUGGGUGCCGUGCACAACUUGGCCAGCGACCGCGAGAAUCAGGCAGCACUUCGGACUGCUGGUGCUGUGCGAGCCCUCAGAGAUGCAGUGCGGCUGCAUCCACACGUCAGCGAGGUGCAGAAGGUUGGCAAAAAGACCAUCAAGCUGCUGAAAGCUCGGGAGCACUCUGAGACAGAGACCGAUUUGCAAUUGGGCGACUGGUGGCUGCCCAGUUCAGCCCUGCCCGGCCAGAAAACCUUCAACGCCAUGGUCGAGGGCGCCUCGCGUGAGAAGGCCUUGGAGAUUGUGCAGAGGCACCCCGGCAUCUUGGCGGCGGGCCCGGAGGUGAAGACCAACAUGCUCCAGGCGGACGUGGCCUCGAGCGCCAUCAACGUGGCCAGGGGCCUCGGGAAGAUGCUGCGAUGA